AUGAGCUUGAGCGGGAAUGAAACUGAGUUGAGUGAGUCGAUUCAAAGUUACAUUCAAAACGUUACUUAUCAGCAAACGAAGCCGCAACUAAAACAAGAAGAAACAGACCCAACCCAUCUUCUUGACCUUCUGAGAACAACACUCUUGGGUCCCCUGCCACACCCGAAACCCACCAACUCAUCUCGUAGAUGUCCAUUCACACAUCAACGCGACCCAGAUUGGCAAUCGUAUCGGAAUGUGCAGGAGCUGAAAGUAGCAGGAAUCCAUUUGAAACGUAGCAAGAAGAAUAGUUACUUGAGAAACAUAUGUUUCACUAGACGAUUUGGUUUCUACCCGGGAUACCUUUGGCUUCCUCCAAUUACAGUGGACGACUCAACCGGCCCCAAGUUCAUGAACUUGAUAGCUUAUGAAAUGUGCUUGGAUUUCGAGAACGACUUUGGCAUCAGCUCUUAUAUAUCCUUCCUAGAUUCACUCAUCGAUGAAGCCAAUGAUGUCAAAGAUCUGAGGAAGGCACGCAUACUCCUCAACUUCCUCGGCAGCGAUCAAGAAGUGGCUGACCUCUUCAAUGCGAUAGGCACCGACUUGGUGCCUAACGCCGAAGCGUAUAAGGAUGUCAAAAUCCAGGUUCAGGGGUACUACGAAAACAGUUGGAUGACAUGGAUGGCUCAAGUCCUUCAUGAUCAUUUCAGCAGCCCAUGGACUAUCAUUGCUUUCUUGGGUGUAUUAUUGCGACUUGGUCUAACUGCCACUCAGACUUGGUACGCAGUCGACUCUCCCCCUGGCCCCUGCGAUGACUUCUGCAAGCUCAAAUUACCAUAA